UGAGGACUCUGCGUUGCCCCUUCCGCUUCCUCUUAUCCCCCUUCGGAGGAAGGGCAGGCGGUGUGACCUUAACCACACAGAGAAGAGGGCAGCACCAGCUGGUGGUCUGGAUACACAGCCCUCUGCCUAGUGAACAAGCCCAGCCCCAGCUUUAGCCUUGAAAGCAGCCAACAGGGAAACAGGCCCUUUCACUGAGGCUCCUACCAGGGGGGCACAGGCAGAGUCAGGGGCCGGCAGAGUGGCCAGGAGCUCAGAGUUCCUUCUCGGACAGGUGUACGCAACUGCAGGAUGUGGCACCUCAUAAGCCUCUUACUGUUCAUGGCCACCUGGCAAAUCUCUGGCACACCAUCUACUGAUUUGGUGUUCUCCAGCAGCCAGCAUGCCCACCAGGUGCUGAGGAUCCGCAAGCGUGCCAACACCUUCCUGGAGGAGCUGAUGCCAGGCAGCCUGGAGCGGGAGUGCAUGGAGGAGACCUGCGACCUGGAGGAAGUCCAAGAGAUUUUCAAAAACGUGGACAACACGCUGGAAUUCUGGUCCAAGUACCACGACGAGGACCAGUGCGCGUCCCCGCCGGCAGGGCACGCGUGCGAUAGCGCAUGCUGCGGCAACGGCGAGUGCAUCGACGGCAUCGGCAGCUUCCGCUGCGACUGCAGAGUAGGCUGGGAGGGCCGCUUCUGCGCGCACGAGGUGCUCUUCUCCAACUGCUCGGUGGACAACGGCGGCUGCGCGCACUACUGCUCGGAGGAGGAGGGCGGGCGCCACUGCAGUUGCGCCCCCGGCUACCGGCUGGGGGACGACUUCAUGCUGUGCGAGCCCACAGUGACGUUUCCCUGUGGGAGGACAGCGAAGAAGUUCAACAGUUUGAAGCGUGAUGUAGACCAAGUUGACCCCCGUCUUGUCAAUGGGAAGCCGACCAAACGGGGACAGAGUCCCUGGCAGGUUGCCCUGCUGGACUCCAAGAAGAGGCUGGCCUGCGGAGGGGUACUUAUCCACCCCUCCUGGGUGCUGACCGCGGCUCACUGCAUGGAGGAAGCCAGGAAGCUCAUCGUCAGGCUCGGGGAGUACGACCUGCGGCGCCGGGAGAAGUGGGAAGUGGACCUGAACAUCCAGCAGGUUCUCAUACAUCCCAACUACAGCAGGAGCACCAGUGACAACGACAUCGCGCUGCUGCGCCUAGCCAAUCCCGCCCCUUUCUCACAGACCAUUGUACCCAUCUGUCUCCCGGAUAACGGUCUCUCGGAGCGCGAGCUCACCCAAGCUGGUCAGCAGGUGGUAGUGACAGGCUGGGGCUAUCUCAGUGAGACCAGGAAGAACCGCACCCACAUCCUCAACUUCAUCACGAUCCCUUUGGUCCAGCGUGAGAAGUGCAUUCAGGUUAUGCACAAUGUGGUCUCAGAGAACAUGCUGUGUGCAGGCAUCCUCGGGGACUCGCGGGACGCUUGCGAGGGUGACAGCGGUGGGCCCAUGGUCACCUCCUUCCAUGACACCUGGUUCCUGGUGGGCCUUGUGAGCUGGGGUGAGGGCUGCGGGCGCCUGCACAACUUUGGCAUCUACACCAAAGUCAGCUGCUACCUUAACUGGAUCCACAGUCACAUAGGGGCCAAGGACACCUCCCUCCAAAGCCAGGCUCCAUAGCAUCGGCCCUCCUCCCUGCUCAUGGAAUGGGAGCUGGGCCGUUGAAUGGCCUUCAGUGGAACAGGCAGCAAGCACAUAGCCUGCUACUGUGUCCUUCCAUCCCUCUUCUGGGCUAUUGUGAAGUUACAUGCAUGGAGCACCUACUGUCUGCCCCAGACUUUAUGAGGAGAUUCUCAUUUAACUGCCACAGCACCUCUGUGAGGGGUGGAAGGGCAGAUGCAAGCUUUGUGGGGUCUCAAUCUGAUCAAAAAUAAAAAAUUGCUGGAGCCCGUCCCAGGGCCUUGGAAGAGGCCUAUGCAUGUUAGGCUCCUGAAGCUUAAGCUUCAGAAGCUUUAGAAUAAGCUAUACUAUGGAGGUAGAUGUUUUCAUCACUUACUGCAGAUGAGGAAACACACUCAGGAAAGUUUACAAGGUGGAGCCAAGAUUCAAGUCUCGAGACUUGACUGCAAGCCCUGAGUGUGCCUCUCUGCUCCCCACUUGCCCUGGAGGGCAGCUGCUUGAGGCAUUGGUGGGGGUCAGGGGCCAAAGGCCCUGCUGGGCAGGUGGCUGCAGCCCAGAAGUUCACAGCAUGGCUGGAGAUGCUGUGUAAGAACAGUCACGCAACAAUGAUGAGCAGUAAGCAAGAGGUGUAACCAGUCCUGUAAGCAUAACUGGAUAAGACAGAAAUAAAUUAGGAUCCCUGAAUUGAAAUCAUUAAGUACCUGAUAGAAAGGGAUGGUGGUGAGACAGAGCAGGGAAAUUAGGCCUAAAGUGCUCAGUGGCCUCAGGAAAAUCAGUUCUCUCUGGGCGUCAAUACAGUGAAGGGGCUGGGUGAGAGCAGUGGUUCUCAGCCUGGACUGCACAUCUUAAUUUCCUGGGGUGCUUUUAAAAACCUGUGACCAGUCCCACCCUGAGAUUCUUAAUUGAUGGUUUGGGCGGGGUGGGGGGUGGGGAACCCAGGCAUUGGUAUUUGUAAAAUUUCCUGAGUGACUGUAGCAGCUGAGGUUGAAAGCUCCUGGACCAGUUGGUUGGUCUUUGGGAUCUUUUCUGCAUGGUAGGCUCUAGUUUUGAGACCAAGACAAUGAGAAUAACAACCAGGGAAGUACAGCGCAGCUCAGUCAGAGAGGGAGGACUUGACUUGUGAUUGCACUCACUUUUCCGGACACAACUGCUGCUUACAGAGCAGAGGGGAUACUAGAACCCGCUGAACGAGUUAUGAGCAGCCACAAGGUAGACAGUCCUCAGACCAGGCCUGCAGGAGCCAUCUCCUAAUCCAUGGGGGAAGGGUUAGGGAUAGGUGGGGACUGACUGGAAGCAGGAGGAAGGUAGGCCCAGGGCUGAAAUCACUUGCUCACAGUGAGCGGGCCAGUGUCCGCCACACUUGCAGUGGGAGAUGGUGGAUGAAGAGAAUGACAGAGCCAGAGGUCUUUUCUCCUACUAAAGAUCCCCUACGUAGACUUCCUGUCAAGAUGGUUAAGUAGCAUGGGUUGCUGGCGCCCUCCCCAAAAUCACCUGGAGAGAAACAGAGAAGUGAGAGGAAGCUCGAAUUUCCAGGAACAACAGCACUGAUAAUCACCCCACUUUGAGGGCCUUGGUGUCAAAAGGCUGCCUUGACAGGCUGCAUGUGGCAAUUGGAUGGCUGCGGCCAGGGCUGUGUGACCAGAGAGAUCUCAGGACAGGCUGGAGGGAAAGUUUAAGUCCUGUUUCUGCCUCUCUUCCACAUUGCCCUGGGAGUAUCACUGUUGCCCCUUCACUACAGAAAGUGGCAGUAACAGCCCAAGCCAAGUGACAAGGCUAAAGCCCUGGUGAGGUGAGGGAAUAUUGAAAAUAGGUGUGAGCUGACCAUUUCUUCAAGCAUUCACGCCUCUAUCCCCAACCCUUAACUCAGGGAGACAGUCUCUUCCACAUACUGGUUUUUCUUAAGAGUUUACAGGAGGGGCUGCCUAGAAAGGGAAAGCAACGGAAGAUGAUUCAAAACAAUCCUCUAGAGCCAUGGAACUCCACCUGGGCUGUACCUCCUAGUCCCCAUGUUUAUAUGCAGCAAAAGUGAUGUAGACUAGGGCCCAACCUGCACCCCUUACCAAUGCACAACACCGGAAAGAGUAGUUGAUAUCCCCUCCUCAAAAGAAAUGAGCUCAUAGGUCAAAAUAACAAGACACCCAAGGGUAUCAACCACUACAAAAGGGAACAAUCUGAGCGAUGAAUCCCAAUCAGAGGUAGAAUCAUUGGAACUGAUGAACCAAUGAUUUUUAAAGAAUUAAGGGAGAACAUCGACAAAAUGAAGAACAUGAGUGGAAAUCUUAGAUAUUGAAAUGUUGAAAUAAGUAGAAGAAAGAAAUAGCAAGGUGGAUAUUACUGAAGAACAAAUUAGUGAGUUGGAAGAUUAGAUUGAGAUACUGUACCACAGGGAUCAGAAAAGGAUAAAGAAAAAUAAAAGCUAAGUAAUGCAGUUAAUAGAAGUAGAAAUUCCAACAGUUGGAUAAUAAAAGUCAUAGAAAGAUGACACAUUUUAAUCAAAGGACAAAGACAGGGAGAAUCUCGAAAGCAGAAAAAGAGAAGCAACUUGUCACAUACAAGGAAUCCUCAAUAGGAUUAGUAGCCAUUUUCUCAUCAGAAACCAUAAAGGACAGAGGCAGUGGUAUGAUAUAUUUAAAGUAUGGAAAGAAAAAAAAUCUGUCUACCAAGAAUUCUAUAUCUGGCAAAACUAUUCAUUAAAAAUGAAGGAGAAAUUAAGACAUCUCAAGAUAAAAAAAAAAGCUGACGGAGUUCAUCACUAGUAGACUUGCUCUACAGGAAAUGCUACAGGUAGUCCUUCAGGCUGAAAUGAAAUAACACUAGAGAGUAAUUUGAAGCCAUGAAGAAAUAAAGAACUCUGGCAUUCUUUACAUUUUAUUUACAUAGGUAAAACAAAAGCCAGAAUUGUAUUUUUGGUUUCUAGAAGUUGUCCAUUUCCUCUAGGUUUGCAGAUUUGUUGGAGUAUUCCAUAAUACUUUCUUAUGAACCUUUUUAUUUCAGUUGGGUCUGUUGUAAUGUCCCCCAUUGCAUUCCUUAUUUGGGCUAUUUGCACCCGCUCCUGUUUUUCAUUUGUCAAUUUGGCCAGUGGUUUGCCGAUUUUGGAAGCCCUGGUGGUAUAGUGGUUAAGUGCUAUGGCUUCUAACAAAAAGGUCAGCAGUUUGAAUCCACCAGGUGCUCCUUGGAAACUAUGGGGCAGUUCUACUCUGUCCUAGAGGGUUGCCAUGAAUCAGAAUUGACUCGACAGCAAUGGGUUUGGGUUUUGUCGAUUUUGUUGAUCCUUUUAAAGAACCAACUUUUGGUCUUGUUGAUACUUUCCAUUGCUUUUGUGUUCUAUAUUUCAUUUAUUUCUGCUCUGAUCUUUACUAUAUCCUUUCUUCUGGUGGCUGUGGGCUUCAUUUGCUGUUAGAGAGAGAUCUUAAAUGUGGUUGCAAAAGGCUAAAUUUGGUAAGCACUGAUAUAUACAUCUUAUUUUAGUGAGGUGAAAAAUAGGAGUUAGGUAGAGAAGUGUCUUGGAAGAACUACAACGAGAAUGCUCCUUAAAAGCAAGGAUGGUGAGACUACGUCUCACAUACUUUGGACAUGUUAUCAGGAGGGAUCAGUCACUGGAGAAGGACAUCAUGCUUGGUAAAGUAGAGGAUCAUCAAAAAAGAGGAAGACCGUCAAUGGAAUGGUUUGACACAGUGGCUGCAACAGUGGACACAGGCAUAGCAACAAUUGUGAGGAAGGCGCAGGACGGGGCAGUGUUUUGUUCUUUUGUGCACAGGGUUUCUAUGAGUCGGAGUUGACAGCAUCUAACAACAGGUAAAGAAGGGGAAGGAACAUUUUGCUCACAGGCAUAUACUUAAGAGAUCUUGGCAUGCUUAAGAACAGGGAGUGGUUUAGCCUGGUGGCUUGUGGGGCACAAAGUGAGGUAUAGAGGGAGGAAAGGCUAGAGAGAUUUGCAGGAUUGGAACCUUCUCCUUCUCUGUUCCAGUGCCUUGCGUUACCUUUUAAGAUUAAUUCCCAUAGUCACAACUCACCAGUAAGCUUCUUGAUGGUAGAGACCAGGCUAUCAUCCUUUAUGUGCUUUUCAAUAUUCAAUGAUUGCCAAAUAAGCAAGGCAGAGAGUGAGAUUCAAAGCAAGGAGAGUUUGAGAGACAAACUGACCAAUCGUGGCUGGUGAAACAAAAGGCUUCUAGAAGAAGGUGAGGAGAGCGCAUCUCAAGUGCAUGGACAGCAUAAAUAAAGGAACUGAAGUGAGAACACACCUGUCUGGAGUGCGGGUCAGUGCAGACAGACCUGGCUAGAGGGUAGACAACACACUGGGGAGCAGAAACCAAGAAAGAAAUUGGACCAAGAUCACUAGAGGAUCUCUCUGUCAUCAAUGGAGUGCCCCAUGGCAGGCUAUAAGUUUCUCCUGGCAGACCCAGCAGCCACUAAUGCCAUCACCUCUUUUUAGUUCCUCCUUGGUUCCCCCUCCACCCCGUCUUUGGUCUUUUUACAUAGGAGAAAUCACCUUCUGAAGAGUUGGAGUAUUCUACAUCUCUGGGACUACCCUUGUCCCACCACUACUACCAUUUCCAUUUCCUAUGUUCUUUCACUUCUCACUUUCUAGAGCUUGCAGAAAAAAAAAGGCAAAGGGACAGAGAAUUUAGGAGGGAGAAGAACAAGGUGAGUAUGGGGAAGAAAAGUGAAGGGCAGACAGAAAAAGUGAGGAACGAUUGAGAAUGGGCUUGAAAAGUGUCUAACUCCAAACUCUACCCACACUCUACCAUAGGGUUAGUGUUAGGUCAUUAUCCAAAAGGUAUUCCAGAUUUGACAAUUGAUUUCCCAGGAGGGAACAGGUGGUGAGAACACACAUAGUGUUAUAGAGAUGAGGGUGAGCUAGAAUGAUGUAAACACAAACAUCUGUCAAGUUGUCUCUGACUCAUGGUGACUCCAUGUGUGUCAAAGUAGAACUGUACUCUGUAGAGUUUUCAGUGGCUGAUUUUUUGAAACUUGAUUGCCAGGCGUUACUUCCGAGGUGAUCUGGGUGGACUUGAACCUCCAAGCUUUUGGUUAACUGCUGGGUGGGCUAACCAUUUGUACCACACAGAGACUUCAAGAAUAAUGUAGGGACCAUUAAAAAGAAUGGAACAUUGGAUGGAAGAAUGCUUCUUGCUAGGUCUUAAUUUAGGGGGUGGGAUGUAUUUAGGGAUUAUUUUUUUAAAGCCAAUGUAGGAAGAAUCUCCAGAAUGGCAGAGAAAGGACUUCCAAAAAUCUGCUCCUCCAUAAAAGCAACAAGAAUACUGGCCAAAAUUAACUUUUUCAAAACUCUGGAAAUUAACUAAAGGCUCACAAUAAUCUGAGUAAUGUUAAACAAAAAACAACCUGAACCUCAGAACAGUGAGCUUUGUGAUGCUUUAACUUGCCCUAAUCCCAUCCCCUUCUCUCCAGCUUAAUGGUAACCUUGAAAACCCAAAACCUCACAAUUAUGGUAGCUGUGAAAACCAGCAGCUUAGCAGCUACUAGAGAGGACAGAAA